UCCCUCUAUAUAAGCGGCACCCUGCGUUUAGCCUGAUUUCAGCACGGAAAGCGUUCUUCAGUUCAAAUUACAAAAGCUUGAGCUUGUACUGACAAUUCAAUGGCGGAGGAAGUGAUAUUGUUGGACUUUUGGUCGAGCCUGUUCGGGAUGAGGGCCAGGAUUGCCCUGAGAGAGAAGGGCGUGGAGUUCAAUCCGAGGGAGGAGGAUCUGAGCAACAAGAGCUUCCAACUCUUGAAGAUGAACCCGUUACACAAUCAAAUCCUUGUCCUCAUCCACAAUGGCAAGCCGGUUUGUGAGUCCCUCAUCAUGGUCCAGUACAUCAACGAGACCUGGGAGUCUCCUCUCCUGCCUUCGGAUCCUUAUGAGCGUGCCUGUGCCAGGUUCUGGGCCGACUAUGUGGACAAGAAGAUGUACUCGGUGGGGCGAAGGGCGUGGCUGUCGACGGGGGAGGCGCAGGAGGCGGCGAAGAAGGACAUCGAAUGCUUGAAGGUGUUGGAGGGAGAGCUCGGGGACAAGGCUUACUUUGGCGGUGAGAGGUUUGGGUGUGUGGAUGUGUCGCUAAUACCGUUCUAUAGCUGGUUCUAUGCUUUGGAGACAUUCGCCAACUUCGGCAUGGUGGAGGAGUGCCCCAAGUUGGUGGCAUGGGCCAAGCGGUGCAUGCAGAGGGAGAGCGUGGCCAAACUUCUGCUUGGGACACUCUGCUUCGAUGUUGAAGUUCCCAAACGUCUCGUAGUAGUAGAACCAGCAGUAGAAGCUGAGCGAUAUGGUUGCUCAAAGAUAACCAUAACUCGAUUUGAUAUUGAAACAUAUACAUUAAUAUAUAUAUUUGAUAAAAAGUCCUUUGGUUAA